UAUAUGUGCAUCAUAUAUAUUCAUAUAUAGAUAGUUGCAGCUAGCAUAUGAUUAAACUUACUGUGUUCUUAGUGGUAUUCUUUGGCACCUAGCCAUCUUAUAUUCUAAAUGAGAAGGGACACCAACAUUGAUUUUGAUUAUAGAAGUAUAUUUGCCAUGAGGUAGAUCUUAAAUACUAUCUUAUUGCUCAGUCUGUGUACCUCUUACUGUAUCAUUCUUUGUGUUUUAUAUUCAUUCCAUCCUUCCAACCAUUAAUAAAAUACAUAUUGGUCUAAAGUCUGAAACUUCUUGAAUAUUCGUUUAAAUACCACAAGCAGACAGUCCAACACUUGUGUUCAAGGUAAUAGUGAAUGUAUGUACAUUGAAAACACUGUUUAAAUUGCCUUCAGGCUGUGUGUAUAUUAAAGCAAAUUUCAUAAUUACAUUUGAAUCCCAACCGUGGAAUACCAUGUGCAAGUAAAUAUUCCAGGAUCUAAAUCCUAAAACCCAUCUGGUCCUAAGCAUUUGGUUACAGGUUUACUUGGCCUCUAUAAAUUAUAUGAAACGUUAGUUUUCUUUUUAAGAUUACUAGACUAUGAUAAAGGAAUUUCUCCUUUAAUAAGAAGCUGUGUAGUAAGUAGCAUUUCUAGGCCAGUAACCCGUGAACUCUAUUACUGACCUUGAAAACAACUCUAGAUUCUAAGACUCUGAGACUCCCACCCGGUUCUGAGAAGUUGAUUAUUUGCAUAGAGUAAAACAGCUUCUCUAGCUACUUAAUUGAAUAACAAACAAAAUUCCCUACUUCCUAUUGUAAUUAAAGUGACUUUUGUUUUGAACUUUGCUUGACCCCUCUUCACAGAGGAGCAAUGAUUCAGUGUUUCGCUGCGACUAUAGAACAUAACUACCCCGAAUAACAAGUCAACUUUUGAGAUGGUAUCAACAUCCUUCCGAAGAAGAAUUAAGAAUCCUUGCAGGGAAGCAGCAGAAAGGAAAAAGUAAAAAAGACAGAAAAUACAAUGGCCAUAUUGAAAAUAAGCCAUUAACCAUUCCAAAAGACAUUGACCUUCAUCUAGAAACCAAGUCUGUUACAGAAGUGGAUACUUUAGCACUGCAUUACUUUCCAGAAUACCAGUGGCUGGUGGACUUCACGGUUGCUGCUACCAUUGUAUAUUUAGUAACUGAAGUCUAUUACAGCUUCAUGAAGCCUACACAGGAAAUGAAUAUCAGCUUAGUUUGGUGCCUCCUGGUUUUGUCUUUUGCAAUUAGAAGAUGGAGGUGAAAGGUCAGUUUGUGUCACCUUUGGAUUUUUUUUCUUCGUUAAAGCAAUGGCAGUUUUGAUCGUAACAGAGAACUACCUGGAGUUUGGCCUUGAAACAGGGUUUACAAAUUUUUCAGACAGUGCAAUGCAGUUUCUUGAAAAGCAGGGUUUAGAAUCUCAGGGUCCUGUUUCAAAACUUACUUUCAAAUUUUUCCUGGCUGUUUUCUGUUCACUCAUUGGGGCUUUUUUGACAUUUCCUGGAUUACGGCUGGCUCAAAUGCAUCUGGAUGCCCUGAAUAUGGCAACAGAAAAAAUUACACAAACAUUACUUCAUAUCAACUUCUUGGCACCUUUAUUUAUGGUUCUGCUCUGGGUGAAACCAAUCACCAAAGACUAUAUCAUGAACCCACCGUUGGGCAGAGAGAGUAUCCCUUUAAUGACAGAAGCCACAUUCGAUACUCUUCGACUCUGGUUAAUAAUCCUGCUCUGUGUUUUGCGGUUGGCCAUGAUGCGAAAUCACCUGCAAGCAUAUUUAAAUUUGGCCCAGAAAUGUGUGGAUCAAAUGAAGAAAGAAGCAGGCCGAAUAAGUACAGUCGAGCUACAGAAAAUGGUGGCGCGAGUCUUUUACUACCUGUGUGUCAUUGCCCUGCAGUAUGUGGCACCUCUGGUAAUGCUGCUUCACAUGACCCUGCUUCUGAAAACACUAGGUAAUCAUUCCUGGGGAAUUUAUCCAGAAACUGCCUUUCCCUUGCCAGUGGAUAAUAAUCUCCCCUCCAACUCGGUUUACCCUGAACCACCAUCACCUGAUGGGAAGAUGAAGGUAACUGUUACACAAAUCACAGUGGCACUGAGCAGCUUAAAGAACAUCUUCACGCCUCUCCUUUUUCGAGGACUUCUGUCAUUUUUGACAUGGUGGAUUGCCGCGUGCCUCUUUUCUACAAGCCUUUUUGGGCUUUUCUAUCAUCAGUAUCUGACAGUGGCAUGAAUUCCAGUCAGAAACGGAUACCCAAGUCACACUUUAAAUGCAAAUAUCUGUGCCCUUGAAGGACUGACAAAAGGAGACUGCAAAUACAACGGAGAAAAAAGGAUUGGAGUGCUUUGUUUUGAAUGCUUCCUCUGUAUUCUCAGGGUGAAUUAAUGUUGUAAUAUUUAAAACUCAUGAGAUUGGUUGUUACACUGUUACCCACUGUGGCAUUGGAAUUGAAACUCAUUGUGAGAACUAAUGUGAGAGGGCGAUCUGCAGGGGUAAUCCUUCUGACUCUCUUGGUUUACAGUUGCAAACCUCCAACAGUGGUUAGACUUCUAGGACUCCAGUUAGACUGCUUUUCAUGGUGUUGUGGUACUGUUACUACUCAUAGUUGCUGCCUACAGAACAAUCUUCAAACUGAGCCAUGCUCGAGGGAAGGGAAAGGAACUAAAAUUACUUCUGUUGGUAAUGUAUUAGUCUUUAAAAAAGAAAUCCAACAGAAAGGAAGAGAAAGCUACUGUAUAUUACAGUAAGAAAAGCUGCAUAGUCAUUUUAAAUUGAAUGGAGAUAUAAAUCACCUAUUGUCUACAAGUACUGUUACUUGGGAGUAGCAGGAAUAUUCUUUUAAAGUGUAUGCCACCCAGCUUGAAAGUUCUUUUUAAAUGAUUGGCCAUAUGAACAUCAGCAGUCUCACUGUUAGUUUUGGGCCUUGCUGUAUUUUAUUUUUUCUUUGAUUUAAAUAGUUAUGUUUAAUCUAAAAAUAUUUAUCAAUACUGAUCAAAUUUGAGAAUUAUUUGCAAUCCUGCUGACUACGUGUAUGUAUUGUGUAUAUAUUAUAUAUUAAAUAUAUAAUAUAUUGAGGUUAUAAAAGAUGAAAAUAUUGAAUCCUUAUAAUAUUUUAAGUUUCAGAAUGUACGUUAAACAAUGAUUUGAAUGAGAUGUAUUUGUAUCUAGAAAUUUCCGUUUGGAAUGAGAUUAAAAUACAUUUUUUUAAAGCUCAA